UGAAGGGGCGGGUCAUAUUUUGACGAUGCCACACCUGAACAAGGUGUGGCCUGUUAUUGAGAAUCGGACGGAAUUUCACCAGAAACCACUGGUGUCAGACGCGCUGACUAUUUUCCAACAGAGCUCAAACAGUUUUAAAGAGAGAGACCCUUUGGGCACCUGUGGAUUCAGGAAUGUCUUCCAAGCACAACGGGAGUCCGCCUCCCUAUGAGUCAGAUGGAUAUCAUGAGCCACCCCAGCCGGCGUACUCCUACUACCCCGACGAUGAGUUCCAGCACUUCUACAAAUGGACGUCUCCCCCGGGCAUCAUCAAGCUGAUGGCCAUCAUCAUCAUUGUCCUCUGUGUGGCCAUAUUUGCCUGUGUGGCCUCUACGCUGGCCUGGGACAGCCAGGGGGCCAUGUCUGGCUUCGGUGGUUACGGGGGCAGCUCGUAUGGGGGCAGCUCGUACGGAGGCGGUGGUUACUCCGGUAGCUUUGGUGGUGCUGCCUAUGGUGCCGGUAACAACUAUGGCUACGGCGGACUCGGAGGGAACUACAAUGACCCUCGCACUGGCAAAGGAUUCAUCAUUGCCAUGGCAGCAUUCAGCUUCAUCACGGCCCUUGUCAUUUUCAUCAUCGUGGUGUCGAGGCAUGGCCUGUCGGAGUCUAGAAGGUUCUACCUAGCUGUGGUGAUCAUCUGUGCUAUCCUGGCCCUGCUGAUGCUCAUAGCGACUAUAGUGUACCUGGUGGCGGUGAACCCCAUGGCUCAAUCUACAGGGUCGAUCUAUGGGAGCCAGCUGGCAGGCCUGUGUGCCCAGUACCAGGGCCCCCAGGUUUCAGGAAUGUUGGUCAACCAGUAUCUCUACCAUUACUGUGUGGUGGAGCCUCAGGAGGCCAUAGCGAUAGUGUUUGGCUUCCUGGUGAUGGCGGCUCUGAUCAUCAUGAUGGUGUUUGCCUUAAAGACGCGCCAGAAAAUCAGGAAUUAUGGCAAGUCCAACGUCCUGUGGAGGAAGGUGAAGAUCAUCAACGAGGAGGCCCCGCCCCAGGACGUGGAGGCAUGGGUGAACAAUGUGUCAGGUUUUCCUGAUGAAGGUGUGGUGCUGACCGACUACCCAGAGAAGUUUGGAGGAUCCAGGAGUCACCUGGACGACACCAGCACCAACUACGACAAACCUCCCUACAAUGACAGCCCAGCUCCUCCAGUAGUUUGUGACUUCCCUGUGCACAGUAGUGCCCCCUACAGCAGUGGCUCAGAGAUGGCCAGCUCAGCAGCAGGGAAGCCCAAGAAGAGACGGGCCGGUCGUCCUCGCCGUACUGAUGGACAGGAUACAGACUACGCUUCCUCUGGGGACGAGCUGGAUGACGACAAUGACUUCGACAGUGAGUUCCCCACCAUUGCCAAUGAGCAGGAACGUGUGGACUACAAGCGUGAGUUUGACCGGGAUCACCAGGAGUACAAGGACCUGCAGGGAGAGCUGGACAUCAUCAACAAGAGCCUGUCAGAGGUGGACAGAGAGCUGGAUGAGCUGCAGGAGGGAAGCCCCCAGUUCCUGGAUGCUAUGGAAAAGUACAACAGGCUAAAGGACAUAAAGAAGUCAGCAGAUUACCAGUUGAAGAAGCGCAGGUGUAAAUACCUGAAGGCCAAACUGUCCCACAUCAAGAGGAUGGUCGCUGACUACGAUCGCAGGGCCUGAACUUCCUGUCACCUGACGUCAGCCAGGAUACUUCUUCCGGUUCAGAGUUGAUGCCAGAUGUAACACUGGUGGUUUGAGUCAGAUUCUACUUAUUUCUUUGGCUCUGCUCUAGUAACACUAGCAUAUCACUUAGAAUUAAGCAAUGUAUUGAGCAUUUAUUCUAAGUGGUAUGCUUGUGUAGAUAUAAGAACGUAACCUUUGUAAUUAGGUUUGUGGUUGCCGUAUACUGAGCAUCUUCACUGAGAAGUGUCUUCCCAAGGAUCUCCACUGUGAUUGGAUGGAUGUGCUAGGGAUCAGCCAAUCCACAGUAUACUACAAAGCUGUUAAAAAUGAAGUUCUCGCACAUACUUCCCGAGACAAUGGCUGUAGAAAUAUGUGUGGGUUUUGUGACUUUUUUUUUUUUUUUAAAUGGGUAAUUUGAAUGUGCAGAAAUAAUAUAUUUAUGACUGCAUUAAGUUAUUAGUGUUCAAAGGCUUGUGUUAACUCUUGUUUCGUAUAAUGAAUGGUACUUAGUGCAGUUUAUCCUCUCUGUUGUCUGUUGCUAAUGUUGGGAUGGGACAAAAUGACAACCUCAAACUGUGAUGUUGUGAGACUGAUUUCACUCUGAUACAUUAGAUGUUUUUUUUUUCAGCUUCCUCUUUUAGAUAAGAUGUUCACUUUUUAUUAUUUCACUUUCUAUUUUCUCUUAACCUCAUUGUCAGGUUUUAAUACUUGUACUUAUGAAAGGUUUGCCAUUUGUAAAUAUGUGAAUAUACUUGUGGUCUCUUUAUGUACUAAUGCGUUGUACCCUCUCCUGUAAUUUUUUUUUGUCAGUUGCUAAAGACUUUGAAACGGUUAUACUUUGUAAAUCAUUAUGCAUUUGAUUCAUGUUCUGUUUACUUUUUUGAUCUAAAUGGAAUAUAUUCAAGGUCACCUUUUUAAAACUGAUAAUUCAAUAAAGAUUUGCGUAACAGUUGAAAUCAACAUGAUCAAUUCUGUUCUAUAUGAUCUUUUAAAGCCAUUCUCAGGUUUUUCAAUGUGUGAAUAUACUGUUAUAUACUUAGUUAUAUUAUAUUGAUGUAAUAUGGUCUGCUCUCUUUUGUCAGUUGCUAAAGACUUUGAAACUUUUUUUUAUCAAGAUGCCUUAAGGUCUUUUUAAAUAAAAUAAUUAAACUGCA